GCUCUCCCAGGGCUCAGCACAAGCUCCAGGCACCAGUGGAGCCCCUGCCACCGGCAGCCCCUGUGGGGUUUGCCAAGCACCCCAGGCCACCCACGGACCCCACCUGUCUUAUACAAAGCCUGGAGUGGGACGCUUUCCACUACCAGAUGGGUCCUAGAAGCUGUCUUCGUGGUGGCCUUCUAGACUAACGAGCCACAGGUGGAGGAACCAGAACACAGGACCCAGUACUCUGGUCUGUGCAGCUGGGUGUAGAGGCUGAGAGAUCACUCAGAAUUGUAUGCAUUUCCUCAGGCAUGAUGGACAGUUCUCGCUCAGACAUGGGCCGCUGGGGCGGGAACCCCUUGCAGCCCCCUGCCACACCUUCUCCAGAGCCAGACCGAGUCUGGGACCGAAACCGAGACCGAGACCGACGCCGAGGAGGAGGAGCCCGUUCCUUCUGGGCUCGCUGCUGUGGCUGCUGCUCUUGCCGGAAUAGGGAAGAUGACGACUGGGGGCCUGAGCCUUCUGGCUCCAGAAAUCGAGGGUCCAGCUCUUGGAAUCGAAGACCUGAAUCCCGGGGCAGUGGUGUGAAUGCGGCAGGAGAUGGCACCGUCCGAGAGGGCAUGCUGGUGGUGACCCGUGUGGAUUUGCUGGGCUCCCGCUCAGACCAGAACCGUCGAGAUCACCACACCGAUGAGUUUGAGUACGAUGAGCUGAUUGUGCGCCGUGGGCAACCUUUCUACCUGGUCCUCUUCCUGAACCGGCCCUAUGAGUCCUCUGACCGUAUGGCCCUUGAGCUGCUCAUUGGAAACAACCCUGAGGUGGGCAAGGGCACCCACGUGAUCAUCCCAGUGGACAAGGGGAGCAGUGGGGGCUGGAAGGCCCAUGUGACCAAGGCCAGCGGGCAGAAUCUGAAUCUGCGGGUCCACACCUCCCCCAGUGCCAUCAUCGGCAAGUUUCAGUUCACGGUCCGCACACGCUGUGAGGCUGGAGAGUUCCAGCUGCCCUUGGACCCCCGCAAUGAGAUCUACAUCCUUUUUAACCCCUGGUGCCCAGAGGACAUCGUGUAUGUGGAUCAUGAGGACUGGCGGCAGGAAUAUGUACUUAAUGAGUCUGGGAGAAUUUACUAUGGAACUGAAGCACAGAUUGGUGAGCGGACCUGGAACUAUGGCCAGUUUGACCACGGGGUGCUGGAUGCCUGCCUGUAUAUCCUAGACCGGCGGGGGAUGCCAUACGGAGGUCGUGGGGACCCAGUCAGUGUCUCCCGCGUCAUCUCUGCUAUGGUGAACUCCCUGGAUGACAAUGGAGUCCUGAUUGGGAACUGGUCUGGCGAUUACUCCAGAGGCACCAACCCUUCAGCGUGGGUGGGCAGCGUGGAGAUCCUGCUUAGCUACCUACGCACAGGCUAUUCUGUCCCCUAUGGCCAGUGUUGGGUCUUUGCUGGUGUGACCACCACAGUGUUGCGAUGCCUGGGCCUAGCCACACGUACUGUCACCAACUUCAACUCUGCCCACGACACUGACACAUCCCUCACUAUGGACAUCUACUUUGAUGAGAACAUGAAGCCACUUGAGCAUCUGAACCACGAUUCUGUUUGGAAUUUCCAUGUGUGGAACGACUGCUGGAUGAAGAGGCCGGAUCUGCCUUCGGGCUUUGAUGGGUGGCAGGUUGUAGACGCCACACCCCAGGAGACUAGCAGUGGCAUCUUCUGCUGUGGUCCCUGCUCUGUGGAGUCCAUCAAGAAUGGCUUAGUCUACAUGAAAUAUGACACACCCUUCAUUUUUGCCGAGGUGAAUAGUGACAAAGUAUACUGGCAGCGGCAGGAAGAUGGCAGCUUCAAGAUUGUGUAUGUAGAGGAAAAGGCUAUUGGCACCCUCAUUGUCACAAAAGCUAUCAGCUCCAACAUGCGGGAGGACAUCACCCACACGUAUAAGCAUCCAGAAGGCUCAGAAGCAGAGCGGAAGGCAGUGGAGACAGCAGCUGCCCAUGGCAGCAAGCCCAAUGUGUAUGCCAGCCGAGACUCUACUGAGGACGUGGCCAUGCAGGUGGAAGCUCAGGACGCAGUGAUGGGCCAGGAUCUGACAGUCUCUGUGGUGCUGACAAAUCGUGGCAGUAAUCACCGCACUGUGAAGCUGCACCUCUACCUCUCUGUCACCUACUACACUGGUGUCACUGGGUCCAUCUUCAAAGAGAGCAAGAAGGAAGUGGCACUGGCACCAGGAGCCUCGGACCGUAUGACUAUGCCCGUGGCCUACAAGGAAUACCAGCCCCACCUCGUGGACCAGGGGGCCAUGCUUCUCAAUGUCUCUGGCCAUGUCAAGGAGAGCGGGCAGGUGCUGGCCAAGCAGCACACCUUCCGUGUGCGCACCCCAGACCUCUCCCUCACGUUACUGGGAGCAGCCGUGGUUGGCCAGGAGUGCGAAGUACAGAUUAUCUUCAAGAACCCCCUGCCCAUUACCCUGACCAAAGUUGUCUUCCGGCUCGAGGGCUCCGGGUUACAGAGACCCAAAGUCCUCAAUGUUGGGGACAUCGGGGGCAAUGAGACAGUGACCCUGCGCCAGACAUUUGUGCCUGUGAGACCAGGCCCACGCCAGCUCAUUGCCAGCUUGGACAGCCCACAGCUCUCCCAGGUGCACGGUGUCAUCCAGGUGGAUGUGGCCCCAGCCUCUGGGGGCGGGGCUUUCUCAGAAGCUGGAGGUGACAGUCGCUCUGGGGAGUCCAUCCCUAUGGCAUCUCGAGGUGGAGCUUAG